AUGUCCCAUUUCUUCGCCAACCCAAUUUCGGUACUACUGGCGGACCGCGUUGGGGAAGACCUACAGAAUGAUAAACUAUGCGAAGCCAUCCGAAAUGUACCGUCCUUUAGGGAGUAUUGUGAGAUUUUGUUGGAAGAUAGCAAGACACAACAAGUGCGAGACUUGUUGGAGGAUGACAAACUCCUUCUCUUGGAAACCACCCGGCUCAUCAGAGCUGGGCAACGAUCAAUGCAUUACAUGUUCCAGGCGGUGAAAUUUAUCUCUAUAUUGCUCAAGGAACUCAACAUCUCCAAGAAAGUGAGCAUAUCAGAAUUGUCUAUUCGCGCAUUGUGCGGGGAGCUGCAAAAAUCUCCCCUACUCGAAGACGUCCUCGCCGCCUUUCGACGAUUGGAUUCUAGCAGAGUCGCAGGGUUGCUCUCCCAGUUCCCCGAAGCUCUAAGAAGCCUUCCUGAUUUGCGCGGUGUUGAGGCGGACUUCAGAUCUUUGACAAAAGCCCACGAAGGACCAGAGCCUCUGCGUAGUGAGUACGACAGUCAAAAUUCCGUUAUCGGGACCACCAUAGUGAAGCAACGUGUCAAACUCGACACGGGCAAAGCGAAGUUGCCAGAAGAGACUAUAAAGUACACAAGGAUUAUAAACCGUUGUUGUACAUUGCUAAGAUCAUAUUUUGUGAACAUCCUCGUCUUCCCGCAAGAAUUACCCUUACAUGAGGCAUUCCUGCUCGACAUGCGAAAUCCCAUUAAAGAAGUCUUUGCACCGCGAGCCCGAUAUGCAAUAGAGCGAGCAUUAUCGAACCCGUUUGACUAUCUUCUGUUUACUUCACAGGACACCGAACGCAAGAUUUCCGCCAAGCAGCCUCCCACGGCGAUCUUAUAUCAGUUAUACCUCGAGUCCGGCGCUCUCGUGAAUAUGUAUGACCUGUGGACAGCAUUUUACGCAGUUUUUGAGAGCGAACAGGGUGAUAGCUGCGACGAGAGGAUGACUAUGGCAUUAUUUUACAGAGCUUUAUCUGAGCUCAGGGCACUCGGGAUGCUCAAACAUAGUCGGAAAAAGUUGGAUCAUGUUGCAAAGUCAGCUUGGAAAGGCUUAUGA